UCAUUGCGUGAUACAGGUGGCUCCACCGAGGAGAACUACCAGUAGCAUGAGAGUUGGACGUUUGUCACCGGAGGAAUGGUGCUGGAUGGGCAACGUUCAAUCAAGCCGGCACACGUAUAACCGUAUAGAUAAUGGCUCAGAGUGGCCCAGGGCGUCGUCGGAAGGGGGACAUGGAUGCCGCCAUUGGCUGUCAGGGCAGGCCGUCCCUGCCCCGCUUCUCGCAUCUUCCCCGCAUGAAGUCCCUUAUCUGCCACUCAAGGGGACAGAGAGGGGCAAUACUGUGGGAUGGUUUGGGCGUUGUUCGAGUCUCUCGACGUAUUGUCGUCGGAAGCGAGUUGAGCUGGAUUGCGCCAAUUGACCUUGACCACUCAAGGUUAUUGCAACACGCAUCGAAAAGGAGUAUCUCGCAGGCGAGAUGUGGUGAGGAUCAGGUAAGCAGGAGAAAGAGCCACGCACGCUGCCAUCCAUCCACUGUGGCAUGUCCGUGGAGGCGACGCAAGCGGGCAGUGCAACGCUUCGCUUUGCUGGUGGGCAACAUGGCUCCUCGGUCUUCUUCCUGCGGCUCUCACGGCAACCAUCGAAUUGCUCGCAUUAUUGGCGGCCCGGCCACGGUCACAUCGACAAAAGGCAUGCCCGUUCGGCUUCUAGAGCAUCUGCAGCGUGCCUGUUUCGGUGCCUAUCAGACGGCGUGAUGGUGCAGGUCCCGUAACACACAGCGUGGCGGACGAGUUGGACGACGACUGAUGAUUGGAGAGGUGUUUCUUUUACCGCCGGCGACCGUCUAGGCGGCCCUGGACGAUGGUGGACGAUGCAUGCGCAUGGUUGCGGAUAGUGGACUACUGGCGGCCAGGGCGGCUUGCGCGAUGUUGUGAGAGGGUUGAGGGUCGUUCCAAGAGUG